CGGAGGUGGACGGGUGUCUACUUCUCGUCCUUGCGGCGCGGUCUCGUAUGUUCGCUCGCUCUCUCCGUGUGCCGGCUUCUCUUUUGCAGCCCGCGGGUGCGGCUAUGGCGUGGCGGCGGUGGCCCGAGGCUGGCGUCCGAGCCCGCGGCGCGCUGGCGCUGCUGGCCCUGGCCUUCUGCGCGCCCGGGACACGGGGCCAGGCGCUCGAGUGGUACUCGGCUGUGGUGGGCAUCGAGUACGUGGACCCGCAGACGAAUCUAACGGUGUGGAGCGUUUCGGAGAGCGGCCGCUUCGGCGAUAGUUCUCCCAAGGAGGCCACACAGGGCCUGGUGGGCGUUCCGCGCGGGCCAGGUGGAGACCCCGAGGGUUGUGCUCCCGACACGCGCUUCCUCGCACCCGGCUGCCGGGGGUCCGCGCCUUGGGUCGCCUUGGUGGCGCGAGGAGGCUGCACGUUCAGGGACAAGGUGCUGGCUGCGGCGCGGAGGAACGCUUCGGCGGUAGUGGUGUACAACGAGGAACAAUAUGGGAAUCUCACCGGGUCCAUGUCCCACGCUGGAACAGGAAACAUAGUGGUCAUCAUGAUUAGCUAUCCAAAAGGACGAGAAAUUUUCAAUCUGGUGCAAAGAGGAAUUCCAGUAAAAAUGACCAUAGGGAUUGGCACGCGUCACAUGCAGGAGUUCAUCAGUGGCCAGUCUGUGGUGUUUGUGGCCAUUGCCUUCAUCACCAUGAUGGUCAUCUCAUUAGCCUGGCUAAUAUUUUACUAUAUUCAGCGUUUCCUAUACACUGGCUCACAGUUUGGAAGUCAGGGUCUCACUAUCUAUCCCAGGCAUCUUGAACUAUUGAUCCUCUUGCCGCAACCUCCUCAAGUGCUGGGAUUACAGGAGUGCCCACCAUGUCCAGAUCUGAAAAGCCAUAGGAAGGAAACUAAGAAAGUUAUUGGCCAGCUUCCACUUCAUACUGUGAAGCAUGGAGAAAAGGGAAUUGAUGUUGAUGCUGAGAACUGUGCAGUGUGUAUUGAAAAUUUUAAAGUAAAAGAUGUUAUCAGAAUCCUGCCAUGCAAGCAUAUUUUUCAUAGAAUAUGCAUUGACCCAUGGCUUUUGGAUCACCGAACGUGUCCAAUGUGUAAACUUGAUGUCAUCAAAGCCCUGGGAUACUGGGGGGAGCCUGAGGAUGGGCAGGAGCUGCCCUCUCCAGAGCCCGCCCCUGUGAGCGUUUCUUCUGGGAAUUUGAGUGUGACCUUCCAGGAUGAGGACAGGAGCAGCACCAGCAGCCCGCCCUUGUCCACCAGGAGUGAAUCUGUACCGCGCUGCACUGCCAGUUUAAAAGAAGAUGCAGGGGAGGACACAGCAUUACUAGAACCAGGCCAGAGUGACCCUCGGCGUGGAGGACCAGUCUGCUAGCGCACAUCCUGACAGCAUGACGGGCAGAGCUUUGUCUUGAACUAAAGGACAUUUUAUUUUUUUAUUUUAGCACAUAGUUUGUAUACUUGAAGAUAAUGUACAUUGUUUUACUUUUAAGAUUUGAUAUUUAAAGGGCUAAGAUAUUUUAUUCUUAAAGAGACUUUGAUUAGUCUUCAUGUAUUUAUCUACUAAAGUACUCUGUUUACGAUAAGCUGUUGUUUCAGAGUGUCACAGAGGAUGAGGCCUGGGGAAGAUGUGUUAUUGUGGAGGAUGGGUGGUAUUUCUAACUCCUAGAUUAGCUGCUGUGAUACUGUAAGAAUAAGAUUAGUUCUAGUUCUCAAGCUUUUAGACAAAGUGCACCAAUUUUAGAUUAGUUGAAGUGGAAUUGGGAUAAAUUCAGUAAUCGAUGAAAUGGGCUUUCCCUGGAGGAAAGACACCUUUACAACUUUAAACUUGUGAGAUAAGAAAUCUUGCUCAGUGUGGCAAAGCACACCUGUAACCUCAGCACUCAGGAGACUGAGGCAGGAUGGUUAAAAAUUUGAAGCCAGCCUGGGCUAUGUAGCAAGAUCCUGUCUCAAAAAACAAAAAAAGAGAGAGAGAAAUCUACAACUUUCUUGUACAUCUGUAUCAUACAUAAAGACUUCAAAACCUGAGAACUCCUUUCCAGUGUGUGGAAUUAUGAGAAAAGCACUAGAUGACUUUAGGAUUUGCAUUUUCCCCUUUAUUACCUAAUUUCUUUUGAGAACCUUGAUGGGGAGGGAAAUUUGUCUACUUUUUCCUACAAAUAAAAAAAGCCAAGAUUAUUCUGUAUUGCACAUUAAGAGCAUUAAAACUUCAUUGAUUAAGGAAAUGGAUAGGAGUACUGUGAUUUUUCUUAACAAUGAAUAUAUUACAUUGAUUCUCAUAAUUUAAUCUUUAUAUAACUAAAAGGGUGAUAGUUGAAUGAUUUUGUUAGAAUAAAAUUACCAGUUUUCUUGACUAGUUUGCAAACUCAGGACCAUGCCUUGCCUAAUUAUUUAUCCUUUUGCUGGCUUGCUGUUUUUUAUUUGUAGGUCAGAGGCACAGCUUUUGGAGGUCAUUGUGUGAAAAUUUUAUGUUGUGCUCUGUUCUUGCUUACUGGAAAUGAGAGUCAAGAACUGUGAAGCACUAUUUUUAGAGUGUGGAAUUGUAGUCAUUCCUUUGUUGCUUCUUAAUUAGUUACCGUGCUUAUCUUUAUAGGUAAAAAUAAAUGUUUAUUGAGUAAAAUAUACUUUAAACAUUGAAGAUUUUAUCGGCAGUAUAGCUAUGUAUAGGAUGUAAAGCUUCAUGAACUUUAUCAGGCUGUUUACUACACUUUAAUUCUACUCAUCUACAUCUGAUGAGUAGUUUUACUGAAGUAAAUUGUACAACCAUUUUGAAUAUGAAGUAGAAAUGUAUCUUACUGAGCACUCAUUUUAAUAAACAGCCUCAGAGUUACCUUAGAAAUCUGUGGUCAGUGCAAAUAGGAAAAGAUAAUCUUGAUUUGUUACCAAGUAGAUUGUUUGCUGUUUGUCUUUUAAGAGACAUACUACAGAAAAAUGCUUUAUUCUUUCCAGUAGCUAAUGAAGCUACUUUGUAAAAAGAAUAUUGGACAGACCAUAGUAAAUUUAAUCAUUAUAGAAGUAUGAUUUCUUUUCCCUUUUUUUGAGACAGGGUCUCUCUAUGCAGCCCAUGCUGGCCUCAAACUCAGCCUCCCAGGUGCUAGGAAUAUAGGCAUGCACCAUCACACCUGGCUUGGAAGAGUGUUUUUUAACUUCAGAAUUGUAGGCAAAGGUGUGAGAGAGACUGAGACUCAGCAGUUUACCUGCCAUGGUGUUCUACCUGCCCUGCUUCUUCGCUCCCCAAUGUCUUGAUUGGUGUUCUGCAUAUCCCAGCAGGGAACCACCAGAGAAGUUUGAGACCAUGGCAUCAUUUAGCAGGUAAUAGUUCUAUAUUCUCUUUUUGGGCCUUAAACAAGAUUGCUCCCUGUGGCUACUGAGGAAUGAUGACAAUAAAAGGCCGAAUUGCAGUGUCUCCAUCAGCAGUUUGCUCUCUCUGUGGGGACACAAUGACAAAACCUCCCGAAGCGAACCACUGGUCUGACCUCAGUAAUACUAGAUAGAAAGAAGCUUCCUGCCUUGGGGAAGCUGGUUAAAUGGGAGUGGUCAAAAAAGGCAUUCCUAAAGACUCAGCUGUCUCUAAGGAAAAAUAAUCAGUGACCUUCAGACAACACUGGGCCUUGACCAAGUUGCAGUACUCUCUGUACCUAGAGAGGUAUUCACCCCAUUGAGGACUGCUAGAAAUAGAAAAUAGGCAGUCAAGAGGUGUGAUCCAUGUGGAUGGAAUUUCCCAGUAAGAUAGCAUAAUUUGGCAGCAUCUGUUUUGAGCACAUGAAAAUUACUUGUUCAAUGAGGGAUGAGAUUAAAUUAGUAUGUGUUUAUUACUAACUUAAGGACAUUUUGUUUUUGCCAAAAGCAGUUUUUUACAGGCUCAGUGUAAGCCCUGCUUUGUGAUUUCCUGAGCACAGGAUGUUGGCAGAGCUAGCUUUAUAGUAUAACAUGUUGUGCACCUGUGAUGCAACAACAAAUUAGAAAACCCACCUACGUCUUUCCCAGCUUGUUUUAGUCUUAAAACACUUGUCAGCAUUUUUCAAAAGUACUAGUACUUGAAUUAUUACUCCUUAUCAAAGUGAAAUGUCUCCUUAUCCUAGCCAUUCGCCCUCUUCCUACAGCAGUCUAGUAGAACAAAGUUGUAGAAAGUCAGUCCAUUUUUUUGAUGAGGGUAGGCAAAUAUUGUGGGCUGAUGAGAAGCCUGGGAGAAGCAGUUUUUGUGAGCUGACUGCAGUUCUGGAAUCCCAGAGUUGUCAUGGUGUUUUUUUGAUGCUCUUAGGUAUUUUCCUGAUACAAAUAGUAGUGAUUGCAUAAAAACAAGCAGACCAGAUAUAAAAUGAAAUCAGCAAAUUGUUUUAGGAAGCAGAGGGUGCUAGGACUUUAACAUAUAUGUAAAAAGUUCUUCCUAAAUUUCCCAGAGCCCCUUCUGUUAAGUGGGUAUCAUUCAAAAUAUUAAAAUAGACUGUGAGAUCCAUCAUCUCCAUGAGGUGACUCACUUAAAAUGUGUAAGUGUGCUACUUAAAAUGAGGAGUAAAAUUGAGUAUGUGCUGUAUAAGAAAAUUGAGUGAUACUGUUUCUGUUGUUUAAAUGAGAAAUAACAACUGCUAAUGAGGAUUAUUUGUGGUAACAUUUUAGGUUCCCAAAAUAUUUUUCUUUUCAAAUAGCUUCUUUUUACUAGUACUUAUUGCGGUAUUCCUUUUUUAACAGGUGAUUUAAUGUUGGAAAUUGGAACUAAAACAUCCCAAGAAAUGAAGGUGUUAAACUCAUUUGAUUACACUUAAAAGCUGGUUGAAGUUACUAAAUUUUAGGAUUAUAGUUUUACUUUAGAUAUUUCCUUCCUUCUUUUUUCUUCUUUCUCCCCCCUCCCCCACUUAUUUUUAUUUAUCUAUUUAGAGAUAUAGUUUAUGUUGCCCAUGCUGGCCUCAAACUCCUAGGCGCAUGCAUCCUCCCAGUUCCAGCCUGAAUAGCUGGGACUGCAGGUUGUACCACCAUACCCAGCUUGCCUUCUAAACAUGUUUAAUCAAGAACCUUUUGGUGGUAUUGUAAAUCUUGACUUUAGAUUUUUUUUAAAUAAAAUGUUAUCUUAAGUAAAGCUAUUUUUGUAAGCAUUUGUUGCUUUUCAAAUGUCAAGACUGAUCUUGAUCCUCCUUACUCGAAGAAUCCAUAUUUGAGAGUUUUAUUUGUAACCCUAAAGCCAUUAUAUACAACACUUUUGCAGUUGUUUUCAGAUUUGCACAAAGUGGUAAAAAUUUUGAGUUGCCCAACACAUGUUCUUAACUAAGGUUGAACAAGGGAAGGGGAAGUUUGCCUCUUUGUUGUACUGGGGGUUUUUGUUUUUGCGAUAAUAGAGUUUGAACUCAGGGUCUACACCUGAGUUCAAAGCCCAGGCU